AUGAGCCACGCACAGCAACACGUGCUAGCUAGCGCGAUAGUCCUGGCCUUGUUGGUGGUCUGCGGAAUCCAUGUCUUCCUGUUCCCGAUGUACACGCCAACUCCGCAGCUAAGAUUGACCAAGGUCCUGGCAUAUGAGCAAGCUUUGUGUCGCACCAGCUUUAAGAAGACCAGUUUUAAGAUGCAGCGGCACCGGAGCGAGAACGGUUAUGAGGAAGAUGAUGGCUGGUCCAGGAAUUCCUGUCCCAGGUACGGAAUCGUAUCAGCAGCCCAGGGUGGAAGAUUGGGGAACCAGAUUUGGGAGUAUGCUUCCGUUUGGGCCACUGCUAGACGAACUGGGCUGGAUCCCUUUAUGCCCAGGUGUAUUCUGAAGACUCUUCAGGAACAUUUUGAUAAUUUGAGCAUCCCGCCGUUGAGCUAUAUUGGAAGAUGUACGCUGGAUGCUGGUCAGGUUGUCAAUUCUUUGGGGCAGUGGAAUAGUACCCAGCAGACUAUUAUUAUUCCCAGACACGCAGCCUACUGGAGCCUGAUCCUAAUUUGGCCUGACGACGUCCGCCGUGAGUUUACAUUCAAGCCAUUUCUCAAACAGUACGCUUCAAUGUUGCUGAGAAACCUGUCAGUGCGCUUCAACAUCCGGGAACCAACUUACGUGGGAAUCCAUGUUCGCAGAACCGACUACGUAGACUAUUUAUGGCAGAAAUUGAAGGUUAAACCCGCUCCUGCGCGGUACUACCUCUCAGCGAUGAACUACUUUGCCAACAAGUACAAGAACGUCGUGUUUGUCGUCGCCAGUGACAGUAUUUCAUGGUGCAAAAACCACCUCAACAAUCAGAAAUACAGAAUUGCAUUUAUUUCUGACCGCGACGCUCGCGCCCCCGGUAAAGAUUUAGCGGUUUUAUCAUCGUGUAAUCACAGUAUUAUCGACUACGGUACUUACGGAUCAUUCGCGGCUCUUCUGUCUGCCGGUGAGACCAUUGUUUAUAAUGUCACCGCCUAUUUUUCUACUAUGAUUGCUGAGGUUUUGCCAAAUUGGCAGGUGAUGAGUUAG